AUCGACACCGUGGUGGUGAUGGGCUCUGGCGCCGGCACCUGGCAGCUGAGUCGCACGCUGGAGCUGUACCGCCAGCUGGUCAACCCCGGUUUGCAGUUCAUCUCGAUCGACCUCACGCACACCGGACACGUGGACAACCAUCUGCUGGACGACCCUCGCAACAUCUCGCUCUUCGGCUUCAGCGACCAGAUCCUGCGGUUUGUGGCCGAGCGCGGCAUCACCGGCCAGCUGGCGGCCGUCGACGCCAUCGACGUCAAGUACAACCUGCGCCGCGACAUCCGGCUGCCGGCCAUCAACCUGCGCGAGGCCAUCCUAGCGUCGGAGGGCGGCGUCGGCGUGGCCAGGUGGCGCACCGUGCGCGUCUUCAUCUCGUCCACGUUCGUGGACAUGCACGGCGAGCGGGACCUGAUCAUCCGCCACGUGAUGCCCGAGCUGCGCAGCCGCGCGCGCGCCCUCCGCCUCGACCUGCAGGUGGUGGACCUGCGCUGGGGCAUCACCGUCGAGGACGCCGCCGCCGCCAGGCAGGUGGAGCUCUGUCUGUCCGAGAUCGACCGCUGCCAGCUGUUCGUGGGUCUGCUGGGCGCACGCUCCGGCCGCGUGGCCGACACAGAGACGGCCGACCUCUCGCUCACGGCGUUGGAGAUGCUGUACGCCACGCGGGAGCCGGAGCGGGCCCGCCAGAUGGCCGUGUUCUACCAGCGCGAAGACAGCUUCCUCAGCGGAGUCCCCGGCCACUUCAUGGAACAGUUCUCGGAUCUGGCGGCGGGCCGCCGCCGCGUGGCCCACCUCCAGGCCGAGAUUCAGUCCCGCGGCUGCGCCAUCACCAAGUACAGCGCCAACUUCGGCAGCCUGGGAGGCGGCAGGCACGGCGCCCUCGCUCUGCAGACGUUUGGCGAGAACAUCAUGAAGACACUGUGGAACACGUUGCAGUCGCUCUACCCCCUGGAGGCGACGACAUGCGACCUGGUGACCGAGGAGUACACGCUGCAGCACGAGUUCGGCCUCGCCCAGAAGCUGGUGGGACGCCAGGGCCGGCUGGCCACGACCGUGGAGCUGGUGGAGCGGGGUCAGGGCCGUAUCAUCCUGGUGGCCGGCAAAGCUGGCAGCGGCAAGACCUGCUUCGUGGGCCGCGUGUACAGCCAGCUGUCCGAGUGCUCGGACCACCUGAGCCGCCUCCUGGUGCCGGCCUUCUGCUCGGCGGGUGUGCACACGUGGGUGCUGGUGCUGGACGGACUGGACGCCCUCUGGCAGGCCGAGGGCGAGGCUGCCGUCGACUGGCUGCCUAUUGAGAUGCCCAAGAAUGUGACGCUCCUGAUAAGCGCCGACGAGGGCAGCGCCCUGUAUCGCCGCAUCAACUCCAAGCUCAUGGUGACGUCAGUGAACCUCGGCACACUCAGCCUUUCCGAGCGCGCCGGCUUGGUGCGCGAGAUGCUGCAGCACCACAGCAAGACACUGGAGGAGAAGGCGUGGAACAACCAGCUGCGCACGCUGACGUCCAAGCGCGGCGCCUGCGACCCGCUCUACCUGCAGCUGGCCUGCGAGGAGCUGCGCACCUUCGGCGAGUUCGACCAGCUGAGCGCCAAGCUGGCCUCGCUGGGCCAGACGGUGCCGGCGCUGACGCAGGACGUGAUCGGCCGCCUGGAGGAGACCUUCGACGGCCAGCUGGUGCGGCUGGCGCUCGGCGCGCUCACCAUCUCACAGCACGGUCUGGCCGAGGACGAGCUGUUCGACUUCCUGAAGGAGCAGUCGCGUGCCUGGUCGCCGCAGCCGCUGACCCAGUUCACGUUCACCAGCCUGCUGAGGUCGGGAGAGUGCCUGCUGCAGCGGUCGGCGGCGCCCGGCCAGCCGGCGCUGUUGCGGGUGGCGCACGCGGAGAUGGCUCGCGUCAUCCGCUCCCGCUACAUGGCCGGGCCGCAGGGCCCUGCCGCAGUGCGCGAGCUGGCCCAGCAGCUGGCAGAGUUCUUCGAGUGUCGCAGCGGCCUGUCGGAGGAGACGUUCAGCUGGCAGGUGCCGCCGGGCGUGCUGCAGGCGCUGCCGUUCUUCUGGGGCCUGGCCGAGGACAUGGACGAGUACCGGCGUGUCGUCUGCUCGCUCAGGUACCUGAUGCUGAAGGCGCAGGCCGGGCUGGCGGCCGAGCUGCUGGGGGACCUGCGCGCCGCCCAGCUGCCCGACUCGCCGGCGCGCCGGCUCUACCUGGAGCACCCGCACGUGCGCGAGGUGACCGAGUUCGUCUCGCACAGCCUGCACCUGUUCUUCAGGUCCCCCAGCCUGGUGCUACAGCAGGCGCUGAACGAGCCGGCCGACAGCUGGCUGCGCGGCCUGGCCGAGGAGCUGAUCCUCGGCAGCAGCCGGCCGCCGGGCUCGGCGCUGCUGCGGCUCAGCUGCCAGCCGCGCGCCUCCGUCCAGGAGCCGCGCCCCUGCCAGAUGACCAUCAGGCCCGGAGAGCCGGUGACGGCGGUCGUGGCGGACCCGAACGGCGAGGAGCUGUUCAUCGGCCAGCCCAGCGGCGCCGUGCGACUGUACAACCUGGCCUCGGGCCGCGAGACCCGCAGCUUCGUCGGCCACGGAGAGCCCAUCACAAGUCUGGCGCUGCUGGCGGACGGCACGCUGCUGGUGACUGUGGUGUCCUAG